GUUUGCAUCGACGCUUCUCCCACUUGAAAACGGCAACGCACACGCUUCCAUCGGGGAGGGACAACAACACAGCUGCAACUCUGCAAGCAGAGCAAAGGGAGCGCCGCGAAGCCGACGAUUCAAGCCUGACCGACGAUGGAGGUCAAGUGCCGGCGUCUGGAGGGGAAGGUGGCCGUCGUGACGGCCUCCACGCAGGGCAUCGGCCUCGCCAUCGCCGAGCGCCUCGGCCUCGAGGGCGCCGCCGUCGUCAUCUCUUCACGCAGGCAGAAGAACGUGGACGAGGCGGUGGCGGGGCUCAGGGCCAAGGGGAUCACCGUGCUCGGAGCCGUCUGCCACGUCUCCAACGCGGAGCAGCGCAAGCACCUCAUCGACGCGGCCGUCAAGAAUUUUGGACAUAUUGAUAUUGUUGUCUCCAAUGCCGCUGCAAAUCCCUCCGUAGAGGGCAUACUCGAAACGAAAGAGUCCGUACUUGACAAGCUAUGGGACAUUAAUGUUAAAGCUUCCAUUCUUCUUCUUCAGGAUGCCGCACCACACUUGACGAACGGAUCAUCUGUGAUAAUAAUUUCUUCAAUUACUGGUUAUAAUCCUGAAUCAGGUUUAGCGAUGUAUGGUGUUACAAAAACUGCUCUUUUGGGUCUCACAAAGGCUCUUGCUUCCGAGAUGGGCCCAAAGACUCGUGUUAACUGUAUAGCUCCUGGUUUUGUUCCUACACGUUUUGCUGGCUUCCUCACAACUAAUGAGACCCUUAGAAAGGAGCUUAUCGAGAGGAGCUCGCUCAAGAGACUGGGCACCGUGGAAGACAUGGCUUCAGCCGCAGCGUUCCUGGCAUCUGAUGACGCGUCGUUCAUUACAGCUGAGACCAUUGUCGUUGCUGGAGGAACACAAUCCAGACUGUAAACCUGGCUGAAGUCCGGAGGCUCAAAUCAGCUGAAGUUGAGUACAUUACAUUGGCAUGGUCAAUAAAUCUAGUGCUGGUAUAGGUACGCUAGUACUGCUGUGUCGCCCUUAGAUAAUCACAUGUAUACUGUAAUAAAUUUGAUGACAAUUUUGUUUUGGACGCAAUAUCAUCAUUAAACUUGUUUGGAUAGUUCGAUAUAGUCCUUGAACUAAAAAACUGCCCUUGUAGAACACCAAACUUGUUUAUAUACUGUAUAUCUUGCUUUCUCGCU